ACUUUUUGGACGUAUUGUUGAGAGGCAGGGUUAAAAGGACAAGAUUGGAGUUCAAAUUCAAUUCCAGAAAUGGAGGAAGAUGAAGAUUUUCACGGGGAUGAGCAGUACGUAAGUACAGAGCACGCCCACCAAAGCUGUUGCAAUGGCCAAAGCAAAUACUUUAGAUUCAUUAUUCUGGUUUGCAACUGUUUGCUUACAUUUGGACCUUACUUCUGUUUUGAUAUGCCAAGCGUAUUGCAAGACAGAAUUGUUGCUCCCCUCAAUAACUGUACAGUAAAAAACAACAAGACAGUCUGCAUUGAAGGGCUUGGCUUGUCUCAGACCCAGUAUAACCUUCUGUAUACUGUGUAUGCUUUUAUGAAUGCAUUAAUUGUAGUUGCAUCUGGAUUUCUUCUUGAUAAACUUGGAAAUAGAGUUGCAAUCUUGCUGUUUUCAACACUCUGUGUCCUUGGAUCAUCAACGUUUGCUGCAGGAUAUUUCUUGAAAAAUAACACUAACCAUAUGUUUGCCGUGUUUAUGGUUGGACGCCUGUUGUUUGGGGCUGGUAAUGGCUCUUUAACAAUCGUUCAAAAUCGAAUAUCAGCAUUUUGGUUCGAGGGCAAAGAGCUGGCAUUUGCUUUUGGUUGCACCCUUGCGUUCUCCCGCCUGGGAAGUGUUCUUAAUUUUUUGCUGACUGAAUCAUUCAAUGAGCGCCAUGGUUUUAAAGCUACCUUAUGGGGAGGCGCGGUAUUAUGUGCUGCUAGUUUUCUGGCUGGCCUUAUUGUCAUCUCGCUUGACAGAAGAGGCGUCAAAGACUUGAAUCAGGAAGAAGAUAUAAAGCGCAAUUCCAAGAAGAUGCGAUUCAGUGACAUCAAAUACUUUCGGCUUCAAUUUUGGCUGCUCGCAUUUGCAACAAUGUUCUUCUAUAAUGGUGUCUUUCCGUUUGUUGCAGAUGCAAGCGAUUUCAUGCAAGAGAAGUAUGGUUAUAACAAAGAACGAGCUGCUUACAUAGCUGGAGCUGUUUAUGACGUAUCAAUGGUGCUCUCCCCUGGCAUGGGCUUUGUCAUUGACCAUUUUGGCAUGCGUGGUGCUUUAGCAACUGGAUGUUCUGUCUUGACAAUACCUGUCUUUGGAAUAUUGUCUUUCACUAAUAAGGUUAAUCCACUCAUUGCCAUGCUUUGGCUUGGAUUUACCUAUUCUGUUGCUGCGGCAAGCCUGUGGCCUUCUGUGCCUCUAGUAGUUGACCAGGCUUCAUUGGGAACGGCAUUAGGAAUCAUGACAUCAAUUCAAAUGAUUGGCAUUGGCUUGUGCAAUUUUGCCAUAGGUGGCAUCCUUGACAAAUGGAAGCAUAGUCCCCAUCGUUGGAAGUUUGUCAUGCUUUUCCUGCUGGCCAACACACUAUUGUGUGUUAUUUUGUCUAUAAGUUUGAAUCUUGUCGACUGGAAAAGAGGUGGCAUAUUGAACAAGACUUCAAAACGAAAGCGUAAACUUUCAAAAAAGAAAGCGCAAACAAAUGUAGCUGGACAUGUGAGUGAAUCAGAAUCACUCAUCCGUGCGGAAUACCAGGAAAGAUUUAGCUCAUCUUCAUCACUAAACCAAGGAAUUAACUGAAAGGUUGAAGUACCUUGUCAAUGAGCAAAAGGAUAUUUUGAAUUUGUUGAGACAGUUGUUUAGCUCAAUCAAUAAAAGAUAAUUUUAAUAAACACAUUUGUUACUUAUGUGCUAUUCAUGCUUUGUUAUUUCCGUAGCCUAUGAGCUUGUUAUUGUUUUGUAUGUCGUGUAAUUUUACAAAAGUAUGUGUAAAAUGACUCUCUCUUUUAUAUCAUCAAGAUCAGCAUAUCUUUAAGUACAACCCCUUCAAAUCUAAACAUUAAAAAACUUUUUCUGAUUGUAAAUCAGUGUCAAAUUGAUGUAAUUAUUUGUUUUUGAUGAUUAUUUGUACCAAAUUCUAACAGCUUUCAGCAACUCUGAUAUGUAAUUAAAUGAAUGCAGUAGAAAUAAAAUUGUUGCUACAAAGAAAA